GGGAGGGGUCCGCGCGGCGGCCGGGCGGUCGCGGUGCCGCACGGAUCGGUCCGUUGCGGUCGUUUUUUCCCAUCUGCGGGGAUCGCCCCGCGGUGCGUGCGGGCGGCGGCCGUGCGGUUCUGCUCCCGUUGCAGAGCGGCAGCCCCGACCCGCAGUGCUGCAGAGCCGAGGCCGGGCUCCCCCUGCACGUGCGGGGAGGAGGCCGUGAGCGCCCGGCGCGCCCCGCUGCACCCCGGCUGAGCUUGCUUCCCUUUGUCUUGCCCGCGCUGCCUGCCUUCUCGCGUGCCGCCCUUCCAGCACCGCUCGGCUGGGCGCUCGGGAGGUCGCCGCCGGCAGAGAAACGUGCGGAGGUGGCACGGGCGCUGAGCCGCCCGGCUCCGUCCUGUCCCCACCCAGACGCGCCGCAGCGUGGCCGGCUGGUCGCAGAACCGCGGGACUGUGAAGGCGGCAGAAAACCUCCGGCAUCCCCAAUGCAACCCCAGCGUGCCCGUCCCUCGGCCAUAGUCACACCCCUAGGAUGGGUUUCUGCUGUUGGAUGCCGUCACAGCACCCUGUCAGAGCUCUACCGAGCUGGGAAAACCGCAGUCUGGGACAGAUCUAUGCUCUUUCUGCCUUGUCCUGGGCAGCUCGGGCUGCGUUUGCAUUUAAAUCACAUUCCUCUGGCUGUUUGUAGCAUAGGCCCUUCUGCAGUACCUGCACCCGUAGGCUCUGCAGAUGCCCCAUGCCACAUUUAAGGUGUUUUAACAUCGCCCAGCUCCUCUUGUUGUCCUUUCUCAGACCCGAAGUUGCUUUUAAGAAGCAGAAUGAUGCCACGUCACAUCCACGUGUAGCAAAACGGCACAUCUCAGCGGAGCUGCAGGAGGAAGCCCGGCACCCGGGGCUCUCAGAGUCCUUCCUGAGAUGAGCUGAGCCCGGUGCUGUGCUGGCAGAGGGAGCAGGGAGCUGUCUGAGGUGGCUCCUUGCUCUCACACUUGCUGCUGGAGCUGAGUCAGCCCUGCAUGCUGAGCCUGGCAGCUCAGCCCUGGGAUGGGAAUGGUCCACAGGCAGUUCCUCCUUCGCACAGUGAUGUGCAAAGCAUGGAAACAUAAUCUGUGGUUGUUGUCCCUCGCGGGCUGUGGGAGGGAGAUGAGGAGAUGCCCUUCAGCACUUGCUCAUGCUUUCUGAACUUUGUUGGCAAUAGCUGUGCCACCCUGACCCUCCUCUCUAUUCCCAGUUUUGGGGUUUGUCCCCCGUUCCUCGCAGCACCUAUCCUUUCCCCUGCUCUUUUCUAAUGGGAGCAAGGUGAGAUUGCAGCAGUUAGCACCAGUUGCAUUUCUGCCCAUAUUCUGUACGGAGUUGCAAGCAGACCCUCCUGAAACCUCUGUGUGUUUGUGUUCCUGCUGCUGGAGCGAGCCUCUGGCUGAGUCCUGGCAUUGGUUUAGCAGAAUCAAACAUUCACAUUGCGUGUGACAUCAGUAGGUUUCAGAGUUAGCCGUCCUCUGGUGCGUUUGGGGCAGCUCAGGCUGGAGCUUUCUGUUUAGAAGAUGUGUGGUGUUGUUAGGGCUUAUGGGCAGGUAUUGUGCAUAAAUACUUCAGGUUGUCCUUGUGAAACUCCUUGGAGAAGUUCUGCUCCACGAGUGUCAUUACUGAGUCAUCAGGAGUGAAGGGCCAGCACUGCUAGCCAGGAAUUGCUGUUCAUUUGGGAGAAUGGCCAUUUUAUUUAUAUUUUUAUACAAAUUGAAAUAAUGUUGCUUGAGUGUGUACUUACAGGCAUUUACAAUAUAGAUGCCUCGCUGCUGACCCGAAUUGAAAUUCAUUUCAGGCUGAGAUGGAGAUGCCAUUGGGUAUUUUUAAACUAUUUUUGCAUCCAACCACCAACUUCCCUGCUGAAACAAAGCAGUUACUGUAGAAUAGAAUUGUAGGGUGGUUUGAGCUGGAAGGGAGAUUUAAAGGCCGUCAGGUCCAACUCCCUGCAGUGAAGAGGGACACACACAACUCCAUCAGGUUUUAGUUCUUCUUUGGGGUCAUCUGUAGCCAUGCAAGGCUCCGAGGACCACAUGGUGGCCAGGAGUUCUUUGUGCUUUGGGAAAAGCAUUGCUUCCAUUCUCUCUGCUCCUCCAUCCCCCAGCCUCUUUCCCCCAGGGGGCAGAGACAGCAAAAGGACCAAACCCAACGAACUGGUUUCCCCAUGGCAGAGGGAGCUGUGGUGACCCACCUCUACUUCUCGCUCAGGUCUCUGUAGGACCACAUCCCGCCUCACCCCUCUGCAAGGAGCCUGCUGUUGGAGCAUCUCACAGUGUGCAGCAAUUUGUGGAGGGCGUCAACGACUCUUUUAAUUGGCCUGAUUGCAAGUAAGCCUUCCCCUUCCUUCUGGAGCUGUCAGAGGGACAGGCGUGCACAGCAGACACACAGCUGCCCCCGGCUUCCUGCAUCCUGCAACAAGGAGCAAGCCAGGUCCCCUCGCUCUGCAGUCUCACAGCUGAAAGGAUGGAGAACUCAUCAGUGGCCUCAGCCUCCUCGGAGGCGGGCAGCAGCCGCUCACAGGAGAUCGAGGAGCUGGAACGCUUCAUCGACAGCUACGUGCUGGAGUACCAGGUGCAGGGGCUGCUCACCGACAAGACUGAGGGCGAUGGUGAGAGCGAGAAGACACAGUCCAACAUCUCUCAGUGGACGGCGGAUUGUAGUGAGCAGCUUGAUGGCAGCUGCUCCCCAUCCAGAGGGAAGGGCUCGUCGUCCCACCAGCACAAGCAGGAAGAUUGGGAUCACAGCAGCGGUGGGAGCGCAGGAUCGCGGCCGGGGUCAGGCUCCAGGUGUGGCUCUGGAUCGAGGUCUGGGAGGAGCAGCCAGUUCAGGCACACCACCAAGAAUGGCAACAAGGAGGGCUCCCUCGACAUGCUGGGCACCGACAUCUGGGCUGCCAACACCUUUGAUUCCUUCAGUGGUGCGACGUGGGACCUGCAGCCUGAAAAACUAGAUUUCAGCCAAUUCCACAGGAAGCUCCGAAACACCUCCAAACACCCACUGCCCCACAUCGACAGGGAAGGGCUUGGAAAAGGGAAAUACGAGGAUGGUGACAGCAUCAAUCUGAACGACAUCGAGAAGGUCCUCCCAGCAUGGCAGGGUUACCACCCACUGCCUCAUGAAGCUGAAAUCGCACACACCAAAAAGCUGUUCAGAAGGAGGAGAAACGACAGGAGGAGACAACAGAGACUUCCUGGUGGGAACAAGUCCCAGCAGCACGCAGACCAUCAGCAAGGUGGUACCAAACACAACAGAGAUCACCAGAAGCUCUACCAAGGAGGCCAGGCCCCUCACUCCUCUGGUAGACCAGGCCACCACGGCUACAGCCAGAACCGGCGAUGGCACCACAACCAGAAGCACUCGCCCAAUGACAAAGAAACGCACAGGAACACCAAAGAGACUGAGAAUCUGAAAAUCGAGGACACCUCCACUGGCACAGGGCACAGUCCUGUGGAGACGCAGCGCAGUCCAGAGGCGGUGGAGAAGCAGCCCCAGCCAUACAGCCCAGAGGUGGAGACCAAGAGGAAGGACAGCAUUCACGAGCGCGUUGGGGAAAGGCCCAAGAUCAACCUGCUUCAGUCUUCCAAAGACAGGCUGCGGAGGAGACUAAAAGAAAAGGACGAAGUCACGGUGGAAACCACCCAUCCUGAAAAGAACAAAAUGGACAAAUUAAUUGAAAUCCUUAACAGCAUGCGUAACAACAGCAGUGACGUUGACUCCAAGCUGACCACCUUCAUGGAGGAGGCUCAGAACUCCACCAACUCUGAGGAAAUGCUUGGGGAGAUAGUUAAAACCAUCUACCAGAAAGCAGUGACAGACCGCAGCUUUGCUUCCACGGCUGCCAAGCUCUGUGACAAAAUGGCCCUCUUCAUGGUGGAAGGAACCAAGUUCCGGAGUCUGCUCCUCAACAUGCUGCAGAAGGAUUUCACCAUGCGGGAGGAGCUGCAGCAGCGGGAUGUGGAGCGCUGGCUGGGCUUCAUCACCUUCCUCUGCGAGGUCUUCGGCACCAUGAGGAGCAGCACCGGGGAGCCCUUCCGAGUCCUUGUGUGCCCCAUCUACACCUGCCUCAGGGAGUUGUUACAGUCUCAGGAUGUGAAGGAGGAUGCCGUGCUGUGCUGCUCCAUGGAGCUGCAGAGCACCGGCCGGCUGCUGGAAGAGCAGCUGCCUGAGAUGAUGACGGAGCUGCUGGCUGCGGCCCGUGACAAGAUGCUGUGCCCCUCUGAGUCCAUGCUGACGCGUUCCCUCCUGCUGGAGGUCAUUGAGCUGCACGCCAACAAUUGGAACCCGCUGACGCCCACCAUCACGCAGUACUACAACAAGACAAUCCAAAAACUGACGGCCUGAGGGGCAGGGCAGGGUGGGGUGGGAAGGGGCGAGGAGAAGACGUGCACCUUAGCGGGAUUCCAGUUGAUGUACCCAAGCAGACAAACCCCAGCAUGCUCGAGAAUUAUGUUCGUGGGGUGGGGAGGGAGAAGCAUGUUUCUUUCAGCCUCGUCGCCAAGUGCCACCCCUCCUCCCUGCCGUGUUUUUGUUGUAGGGUUUUCUUUUCUGAAAUCGGCGUGUCCCGCCGGGUUAUUGUUUGGCUUUAGAAAGACGACGGUGAGUCGGAGGAGCGAGCCCAAUGGGGCCAGGAUUGUUUUCACGCUGUCCCCCCGCCCUGCUCUGGCCAACUGGCAGCAGACAGCGCACAGCAGAUGUCUGGGGAGGACAAAGCGUGGCACACACUACACAGACGCUCAUCACUGACGGCUUUUGUCCAGCGGAGCUCUCGUUAUUCUAUUUUUCCCCUUCCUCAACUUUCUGCCCCCACCUCCGCUCCGUCUCCUCCGGAUUCUGAUGGGCACAUAGGAUGGCUUUCUGAUUUGCACUGGGUUUUAUUUUUUUCUUGUGGUUUUUUGUUUGUUUUUUUUUUUGUUCUGUUUUAUUUUAUUAUCGUCAAAACGGACAAUUGCCAUCAGCGCGGAGAUGGGGCAGCAGCGCUUACCCUCCGCUCACAAAUGGUUUCAUGAAGAUGCUGAAGCAGGAGAAGGAUUUUACAAGAGUCCAAAAACCACUGUAGGAGAAACGUAGCCACAGUCUUCUUGCCAGAAACCUCGCAGAUUUACCCAAAAACAUGUGCCCUGAGCUAGGAGCUCUGCGGAACACGGGAUGCUGCUGUGCUGCAGCAUCUCCCAUCCACUUAACAAUAGCCCAUUUAUUUUUUUUAAUUUUUUUUUGUUGUUGUUUCUGUUGAAAGAGUGCUUUAUUGUAAUUACUGUCAUCAUUGUAAUUAUACAUUUAAGAGCAGGCCUGUUAUAGUCAGGCCUAUUCAUGUACAGGGCAAGGGAGAAAUGAAGACUUGGUGUUCUCGGGAAACCAGCAGAGAGAAGGCAAAAAGCAUAUGGCAAAAAAAAAAAAAAAAAGGGAG